UAAUAAUAAAGGAUACAGCUGACCACAGCUGACAGAUAAAUAAGUAGUAUACAAAGUACAAACAAUAAUUGAAUAGUAAAUUAAUAAUUGCAUUGAAAAAUUAUUUAAAAGAAGCAUUGAUAAAUUAAAAUGUCGCUAAUUGCUGCAGCAGUAUGCACAAAGUCUGGCAAUGCAAUAAUAUCUCGACAAUUUGUUGCAAUGACCAGAGCCAGAAUUGAAGGUCUGUUAUGUGCAUUUCCAAGCUUGAAAAAAACUGAUGAACAACAUACAUUUGUUGAAACUGAUUCAGUUAGAUAUGUUUAUCAACCAAUGGAAAAACUAUACAUGGUACUUAUCACAACCAAAGUUAGUAAUAUACUUGAGGAUCUUGAGACACUUAAUUUAUUUGUGAAAGUUAUAGCAGAAUAUUGUACAACAGUUGAUGAAAAUGGAAUAGCAAAAAAUGCAUUUAAUUUAAUAUUUGCAUUUGAUGAAAUUGUUGCACUUGGUUAUCGUGAAAAUGUUAAUUUAACACAAAUACGUGAAUUUGUUAAAAUGGAUUCUCAUGAGGAGGAUCUUUAUUUAGCCCUGAGAAAGACCCAAGAACGUGACGCAAAUAAUAAAAUGCGUGAAAAAGCUAAAGAAUUCCAACGACAACGUAUGGAACGUUUGGAAUCAAGAGAUGGUUUUAAAAAUAAUAGUAGUACUGGUUUUGGUAAUAAAAGUAGUGGUUUUAAAUCAAAUUUAAAUGAUAAUGAUAGUAAAAAUAAUAUUGCUGAAUUACCAGCUAAAGCAAAUGAUACACCACCAAGAAAACCACCUCGUUCUCGUGGUAUGAAAUUAGGUGGUAAAGUACGUGAUGUUGAUUCAUUUGUUGACCAAUUGAAUGAAGAAGGUGAAAAUAUUAAAAGUACUACAUCGUCAAAUAAUACAAAUGUUAUUGCAACAACAAAAAUAACAACUACAACAACACCACAAAUAAUAAAUAGCAAACCAGUACAUUUGAAACAAGAAGAAAAAUUAAGUGUACGUCUUGGUCGUGAUGGUGGUGUACAAAAUUUCGAACUUCAUGGUUUAAUAACACUUCAUAUCACUGAUGAAAGAUGGGGAAAAAUACGUGUACAGUUGGCAAAUAAUGAUACACGUGGUAUACAAUUACAAACACAUCCAAAUGUUGAUAAAGAUUUAUUUAGAACACAAGGACAAAUUGGUCUUAAAGUGCCAACAAAACCAUUCCCAAUAAAUACUGAUGUUGGUGUUCUCAAGUGGAGAUUACAAUCACAAGAUGAAACAUCAUUGCCAAUCUCGAUUAAUUGCUGGCCAUCAGAAAAUGGUGAAAAUGGAUGUGAUGUUAAUAUUGAAUAUGAACUGGUACAAACUGAUCUUGAAUUAAAUAAUUUACAAAUAAAUAUUCCACUACCAAUGGGCUGUAAUCCAAUUGUCAAUGAAUGUGAUGGUGAAUAUCAACACGAAGCACGAAGAAAUAUGCUUGUAUGGUCUUUGACAAUUGUUGAUGCAUCAUCUAAAUCUGGAUCAUUGGAAUUUUCAGCUCCAUCAUCUAAACCAUCUGACUUUUUUCCACUCUCAUUGUCAUUUACAUCUCAAACUCCUUACGCUAAAAUCAAGAUUGUUGAAGUAUCAACAGUGGAAGAUCAAAGUCCUGUUAAAUAUUCUCAUGAUAUUCUAUUUGUUACUGAAGAUUAUCAAGUUGUUUAAUUUUUUUUUUUUUUCUAUUGUGUGAACUUGAUAAUUGACAUGUCUAAUUUAUCUUGUAAUAUUUUUAAAUAAGAAUUGUUUUUUUUUUUUUUUUUUACAUUCUUAAUUGUUGUUAAAGUUGAUUAAAAUAUUUUAUAACAACAAUUUAAAUUUAAAACA